AUGCCGCUCCUUGGAGGCUCGACGCGCACGUUCAAGGCCUACGGCAAACGCAAGACCCACACCACCAACAGGACCAGUCAAUCGCUAUGGGAUGACGAAGAGGUGAUUACCAAUAAGGAGUCGGUGCCACGAACUAGGAUGCCGAGCAUCACGCUCAGCUCGAGCGGAGAGAGCAACGAUGACGACACCGAUGCUGAUACCGACUACGACCAGCUGCCCAAACCCGUUGGCAUGCCCUUACUCAAGUCGAAGUCGAGUGUCCGGUACCAAUCACAAGCCAAGCGAGAUCUUUCCAACUCGGUUGCGCUCCGUCGUGCUGGAACCGCACCACCGGCGACCGAUAAAGAGAACGUGGUGCCCACCGUCAUCACCGCCUCCAAGAACACUACCGCACGGAAGCCGUCUUCGCAGGCCCUUCACAUUGUUUCCGGUCCUCGCAAACCUAUUCGUCCCCUCCAAGUGCGACCCACCACUCCGCUUGGCUCGCCGCGCAAGAAGAAUCUUUCCGUGCGACCCGAUCCGUCCGUACCGCCUAAAAGCAGCAAGCUUGCCCAAUCCAGGCUUCAAUUCGACGGCGUCCACGUUCCAGUGCGACGGGCACCCAAAGCUUCGUCUUCAAAGAUUGCCCCUACCCCACGUGCAUCGACGGUCGAUUUGUCGCCUCAAUCCCCGAUAGCGCUAUUCUCCAGCGAAUUGGAUGGAUCCGUCGAGAUCUGCAACUCCUUUGACUCGCUCAGCAUCAACAAGAGUCGCACGUUGGUUUUAGAGGACGAAGAUUGUGAGGAAGACCUCACGAGAACCGAGACUUCGAGUCGUAGCCUCGCCUCGAUCUCUCGCCGACCCGAGAUUAACAAAACGACCUCGACCUAUCCGAGCUUCCUCAAGGAGCUGAUGUCCAUCACCGCCUCACCAGUCCCUUACGAUUUUACCUCCUUCGUUAGUUCCCCUCCCUCACCCUUUUCCAUCUCGGCCGGUACAAAAUGGACCAAGAUCGGCGAGGCGUCCUAUUCCGAGGUCUUCGCGAGCGAAGGCGAAGAAGGCGAACAAAUGGUCAUCAAGAUCAUACCCGUCUCCAACGUCGAAGCUGCAACUGGGGUAUUGGACCCGAAUAUGGGCAAUCACUUGCCGUUUGUUUCCGAUUGGACGGCGGUGCAGAGGGAGAUUUGGGCGAGUGCGUUGGUCGGAGAAGGGAUUCAUGGGAUCGAGGGCUUCGUGGAGUACAAAGGGUGAGUAAUCGAAGGCCACCAAACAUGUGUCCCGUGCUUCUUCUUUCCUGAUAUGGUUCCUUCGUCACGCAGCGCCUUCAUCGUGCAAGGGCCCUACCCUUCCCGCCUCUUAUCCGAAUGGGAUCUCUACCGACGCCGACUCCAGAGAGAACGUCGAGCCGACUACGAUUCUCAAAUACGACCGAGCGUACUCCACGACAACCAAGUCUACGCCAUCAUAUGUCUCGCUCAUGCGGGGACGGAUCUCGAGAGCUUCAAGCUCAAGAGCUGGAAGGACGCCGCGAGUGUGUUGUGGCAGGCUGCGCAGGCUUGCGCGAGGGGGGAGGAGAAAGUUGAAUUUGAGGUGGGUGCAGUCAGACUUUUUACGAUCGAAUUGAUACGCUCUGAGCUGAUAGAUGGCAAGCUCUCACAGCACCGCGAUCUGCACUGGGGGAACCUGCUGGUCAAGCCCAUCCAAAAGUCGACCCCGCCCUUGCUCGCUCUCGACUUUGCUGCCCUCUCACUCACUCCCGACUCAGUCGCUGCUCCAUUAGAUUCCCAACAAACGGGUCUGCAAGUCACGUUGAUCGACUUCACACUUUCACGCGCCAAAUCAAGUGAUGGCUUCGUCAUUUUUGACGCCUUUGACGAUGAAGAAGUCUUUGAUGGCCAAGGUACGGAUUGUCCCUCUCCCCAUGCGCAGCAAUCAGGGAUUGACCCUCACAUCUCCUCGGCCUGCGCAGGCGACCCACAAUUCGACGUCUACCGCACGAUGCGAGACCUCAUCAAAGAUGAUUGGGAAGGUUUCCACCCAAUCACGAACCUUUACUGGUUGCACUACCUCUCGCUCAAGCUCCUGCACGCCAAGAAACUCCGUCGUCCCGUCUCCGGCAAAUCAAUGAGUAUCGCACGAGCAGCGGAAGAGAUGAAGUGGUACGAGACGCUCGUUCGAAUGGAAGCGAGUUUGAAGGGUCAAGUUCUUGGACCGAUGCCCAAAGGGAAGAAGGGGAAGUCGGUUCCGAGAUGGACGAGUGCGCAGGAUUUGGUUCGGGUCUGGAAAGGGGAUGUGUAUCCUUGA